CACUUUUGUUGGUCUGUGGAAUUCUCUUUGGCCUGCCUCAAUACGGAGGUGCAGAGACCUGGGCCAGGUUUCAACAAAAGCAUAUCACCAGUGCCUCUUAUACUGGAAUUCAACUGCAGCAGAGCCAUGAACGAUCCUAUAUUUAUUGUAGGUGGGCAAUGCAAGGACUUCAAUACCUUCAUCCAUGCAGUCGCUGGAAGAGUCAAGGAGAUCUGCAGAGGUGUCAAGGGUACAACGAAUAAAUCCAGUCCAAAUGCAUAUGACCUAACUGAGUGCAGAAAAGCUACCAGGUGCAACUAUAACGGACGUUAUGAACAGAGUAAAAUAUGUGUAACCUGCCAAAAUAGUGUGCCUGUUCAUUUCGUCCGUAGAGGAACCUGCUAA